AUUAAGUUUCAUCAUUUUAAUUCAUGAAAUUCAUCGUAUUCUUGCGAUCUAUGUAAACAUAAAAUUAUUUAUACAUUGAGACCAGGAACCGACCAUGAAUGCCUUGUCAUUCAUAAAGUCGACCAAGGGCAAAGUGAUAAUAGCAACCGUCGUCGCUCUGCACAUCACGAUUUAUGUGGCGAAACCUUCAUUCAAGACCGAAGCGGAGAAAAAAGUAAUUGCCGAACCGCCGAAGUACUUGCCGGGACAGUGAGUGGCCUCGGGGCUCUAACGAAGCCUGAACGCGGAACUUUAACAAAUAGUAAAUGUUUUGGAAGAGGUUAUCGGUAGUGAGUAGUCUCGUUCAGAACAUCGUGGUGAUAAGUCCUGCUAGAAACAUGAGCAACGGAAAGCCUCUCGUGUACGUGACGCGGUCUGAUAUGCCGCAAAGUGGCUUGGAUCUGCUGAGGAAAGAGUGUGAAGUAAGAAUUUGGGAGAAACCUUCACAAGUUCCUCGCAACGAGCUCCUAAAAGGUGUUGCCGGAGCCAGCGGCAUCUUUUGUGCGCUCACCGAGAAGAUUGACAAGGAGCUGCUAGACGCCGCCGGGCCUCAGCUGAAGGUGGUGGGGACUAUAUCCGUGGGGCAUGACCACAUUGACCUGGCUGAGUGUAAGAAGAGGAGCAUCAGAAUUGGGUAUACUCCAGAUGUGCUGACGGAUGCUACAGCAGAGUUAACUCUUGCACUGCUGCUGGCUACAUCUCGUCGCAUCCCCGAAGCGAUCCACGAAGCCCGAACAGGCGGCUGGGCGCAGUCGGGCGCCUGGGCCCCCGUGUGGCUGACCGGCCCCGGGCUGGCGCGCGCCACCGUGGGCGUCGUGGGCUUCGGCCGCAUCGGCCAGGCCGUCGCCCGCCGCGUCAAGGCCUUCGGCACCAAACAGAUACUCUACACCGGCCGCACUGACAACCCUAACGCUAAAGAAACUGGCGCUGUUAGAGUAGACUUCGAUGACAUUUUAAAGAAAAGCGACUUCGUUAUAUGCUGUACCGCUUUAGUCCCAGAAACUAAAGAAAUGUUCAACAAAGCUGCUUUUGAAAAAAUGAAGAAAACCGCCGUUUUUGUAAACACAAGCCGAGGUGGAACGGUUGACCAGAAUGCGUUGAUUGAAGCAUUGCAGACCAACACUAUUUGGGGAGCAGGUUUGGAUGUUACUACACCGGAGCCACUACCCCUAGACAGUCCGUUGUUCAAGCUUAAGAACUGUGUGGUUUUACCGCACAUUGGCAGUGCUACUGUUGAGACGAGGAAUGUAAUGAGCGAGUUGACUGCAAGGAACAUUCUGGCAGCUUUAGCUGGAAGCGAGAUGCCUGCAGAAAUAAAGUGAUAUUUAUAAAGUAUUUAUUUUAGUACAAUUUUACUGCUAGUUGCAAGCCCAACUGCUUUAUAUUUAAAUUCUGUGACUUUUGCAAUGUCUGCUAAGGAACAUUAAAUGUUCAUACAAUUGCAUACAUCAAAUGUAUAUAAAUAAUACAAUAUUUAUAAUAUUUGUUUCAUGCCA